AUGUCGCUGCAUAAAAAGUCGGCUGCAGGAGCUCGUGCUACUGUACCGGUGGCCCAUGUGGGAGUAUUCUCGUGGACGGUGGCUUUCCAAGUCUCCCACGCGUGUGAAAAUGCUCCAAAAUUUACACGUCAUACAUGUUCUGUAGUGACAAGGGCUGACACAGAUGCCGAUGAGUUGUCUGAUGACUCAAAUCGCACCGUUGAGAUUGAUGGUGUGCGAAUUACCAUCAGACCCAUGCUAACCACGUCACAGAAGAACUUCAAGCAGCUCAAUCAUUGCAAGACCAUUACUUCUCAGAGCAAUACGCAACGACGGUGUACCAUCACGAGAGAGGAUGUUAGUCUGCCAGGAAGUCGUUGUUUUCUGCUUCAUGGCCUGUUAACAGCAGAAGAGUGUCGUUUCUACGUCGACGAGACGGAGAGAGUUGGCUAUUCGAGUCUCUCCAAUUUGUUUGAGACUGAGUAUCGUUCAAAUGACAGAUUGUUGUCAAUUAGUGAAGAGCUGGCUGCCGGAAUUUACCGCCGUCUGGAGCCUUACUUGGAGCGUAGAGACAUUCUUCGCAUUCGACCAGUGGGAUUUGGUAAUCAGGGCACUUGGAAACCGCGCAGACUUAACGAAUGCUUCAAAUUUGGAAAAUAUGAACCUGGUGGACAUUUUAGUCCUCACUUAGAUGGACCAUGGGUUCCUCGUGAGGAUGAGAGCUCAGUGUACACAGUGGUUAUCUACUUGAAUGAUGGCUAUGAAGGUGGUCACACAAAAUUCUUAUCGCCUGCCACUGGCCAAGUUGUGUACACUGUGACUCCUAGACAAGGUUUAGCAUUGGUGUUCAAUCAUGAUACUCUUCAUGAAGGAACACAAGUGAUCACUGGGACAAAAUAUAUUAUUAGAACAGAGAUCAUGUUUUAUCGUGUUGACACAGAGAUGAUUCCUGAUCAUUUGUCUUAUAAAAGCGAUGAGAGCUAUGUUGAGACAUUGGCUUUAUAUGUAAAAUCACAUGAUCUAGAGCAAGCUGGUGAUACCUCGGGUUUUACAGAUAGCUAUUUGAAAGCAUUGAAACUUCAAAUUGAGGCUCAACAGUCAGUUGGAGCAGAUGCAGAAGCACUUAGUACAUGGGCUCUUCCUUACGAGUUAUAUGUUUAUGUGUUCUCAUAUCUCCAACCUUCUGAUUUGUGCGGAUGUAUGAGAGUCUGCAAGGUAUUGCAAUUUUGUAUAUCAAUGUUUAAUGAUUUGAUAUGA